AUGGCAACGCUGAUUCACACUGUAGCAGCCCAUCGUGAUGAUGUCAGCUGCUGUGCCUUCUCCUCAGCGUGCCUGGCCACUUGUUCCUUGGACAAAACAAUUCGCGUUUAUUCUUUAAGCGACUUCGCCGAGCUCCCGUACUCGCCUCUGGAAGGUCACACGUACGCUGUCCACUGCUGCUGCUUCUCUCCCUCGGGAUGCCUUUUAGCCUCCUGUUCCACAGAUGGCACCACCGUGGUGUGGGACACGGGCGACGGGGGGAUGCUGGCGGUGCUGGAGCAGCCCAGCAGCAGUCCUGUCAGAGUCUGCCGGUUUUCGCCCCUCUCCACAUACCUGGUGUCGGGGGCAGCGGACGGGAGCGUUGUGCUUUGGAACAUGCAGUCCUUGAAACUGUACAGAUCUGGGAAUGUUAAAGAUGGUUCUUUGGUGGCCUGUGCAUUUUCUCCUAAUGGAAAUUUCUUUGUCACUGGAUCAUCAUGUGGUGAUUUAACCAUUUGGGAUGAUAAGAUGAGAUGCCUUUAUAAUGAAAAAGCACAUGAUCUUGGUGUUACCUGCUGUGAUAUUUCCUCACAGCCAAUUUCUGAUGGCGAACAUGGGUUCAGAUACUUCCAGAUGGCUUCUUGUGGUCAAGAUAAUCAGGUCAAACUCUGGCUUUUGUUUGCAGAUUUCUUAG